AAAACAGGUCUCGUGUGUAUUAUGUGUCUUUCAAGACAUUUUAUUGGUCCCUAGAUGUUUUUCAGUCCUCCGUGUCGGUGCCACGUCAGAUCAUUCAAGCCGUAAAUGGUCUUACGUCUGACCUUUUAUCAUCACUAGCGGCCGACAUUUAACGCGGCUGAUAAACAGAGAAGUGCUGUUGUCAUCUUUGCUUCUCUGUUGCGUGUGUGUUUAUACAUGCAUGUGGAGCGCAGGUUAUCAAUCCGUCAGUGGAACAAUUUCCUUUUCCCAUCAUUGGAGGACGUCACCAUAAUGAAGCUCAGCAGGCAGCGGGGACCCGCUCCAAUCCAACCAGCUGUGUACUUCCCCGUGUCCUUGUUUCCUUCAUUUCUAUUAUGUCUAAUGUCAUUCCUGCUUCACGGACGUUUUCCAAGAGUUAGAAUUGACACUUUGGUAUGAAUCUCACCUUCAUGUUAAGAGAACAAUAAAGAAACGGCUCCGCAAUAUAUGAAGUAAUAUAAAUAUGAAGAUUUUUGAUUAAAAACAAAACAGCAAGACAAACCCAGUAAAAGUGUGUCUUGUCUAUUAACUUCAGGAUUACUUAAACUUGUACAGCUUUAACCCUUUGUCGGCUAUAAUGAACCUUGGGGACGGUGACAUAACCAGGGUUUAAGGUUUAGAAAAUUCAAUAUUCCCCCCAAAAAUACAAAGCAGCUGACCUCAGUGUCUGCUUGGAUCAAAAUGAAGAUUAUAAAUGACCACUCUUGCUGCUGUGCUGAAUCAAGGUAUCAAUCAAUUGCUGCAGUUGCCUUUCAUUGGAAUUCUCAAUCUUCCUCAUAGAAACCUCGAUAUCUUUCAUUAGGAUAUAUGUAAUGCUUUUAGGCUGUUUGUCUUUGUGUGUUGUGGUCUGUGUGUCCCGCCUCCUGCGUCACGCGUGUCCACCCUCUUGUGCUGUCUCUCUCUGCUCUCCUACUAUGAUGUCAUAUCCUGUCUAUGUCCUGUCCACCUUCAAUGUGAUGUCCUGCAAAAUCCGUCCAGUUUGUCCUCUCUGUAUCGUUCGGCCAGAUUUCUCUACCUGCCCCUGAGGUGAGAGGAUCAGUGCGUCGCCGCUCACGAUAUAACAUCAUCGCUGCAGCGCAGCUCCGAUGCAUGCUAAUCAUCAUUUUCCGUUAUUAAACCAUCUUCAAGUCGCAUGGUAAUGGCGUCGUUUCUCUCAUCGCUAAUAUUCACUUUUUGUUGUUUGACUCGGCGUUCAUUGUACAGUCCGUGUCUGGGAUUAAUCUAAACUGAAUCCCAUCAGUGUUGGCGUACACACACAACAGCCCUCCACGAUGCCCUGCGGCCCAAUUACCAUCAUUCCUCGUGGGACGACACAGCAAACAACACUUUCUAUUUUUCUCUUUACUGAACAAACACACACGGGCUCUCCAGAAGGGAUAACGGCCACCGGCUACUGUCAGGGUUUGAAUAGACGUUUCUCCCACAGGGCGGAUUAUGUGACUGGGCCCACUGGCCAUUAGAUUGCUGAUGGAGCCUUUUCAUUGUUAUAAAUGGGCCGGCAGUCUGCACACCCAAUGCCUAGAUGUGCACAGCACUGUGAGGAGAGCCAACUCAAACGAGCACGUGGGAACUCUCACGCGGAAAGACUCGGGCGACUCCAAGGGCAACCGAACUCGUGCCGGAUCCACCGGCAGCAAUUCCAGCGGCAAGCGAAGCGACGGCAAACAGAGGGAUCCAGUGUUCAAUGCAGGGAUGAGACGUGUGACCCACUGCAAAGAGGAAGGUUAUGUGAAAAUGUACUUGAAAGGUCGUCCCAUCACCAUGUACAUGCCCAAAGAGCAGGUGGACGCCUACUGCCUGGAGGCCAGAGCCGAGCUGCCCGGCAACAAACUCAAACUGGACUGGGUUUACGGUUACCGAGGUCGAGACUGUCGCUCCAAUCUUUAUCUGUUGCCCACCGGAGAGACGGUGUACUUCAUCGCCUCAGUGGUCGUCCUGUUCAACGUGGACGAGCAGCUGCAGCGACACUACACCGGACACACAGACGACAUCAAAUGCCUGGCCGUCCACCCCGAUAAAAUCACCAUAGCAACCGGUCAGGUGGCGGGCACCUCUUCAGAUGGAAAACAGCUGGCUCCUCAUGUCCGGGUGUGGGACUCCGUUAGCCUCAACACGCUCCAUGUUCUAGGUGCAGGCUUCUUCGACCGAGCCCUGGUCUGCCUGGCUUUCUCCAAGUCGAAUGGAGGAAACACACUGUGUGUGGUAGACGACUCCAAUGACCACGUCCUCUCUGUCUGGGACUGGCAGAGGGAGGACAGGCUGGCUGAGGUCAAGUGCUCCAACGAGUCAGUGUUUGCUGCAGACUUUCACCCAACAGACAGCAGCAUCGUGGUGACCUGCGGCAAGUCCCACCUGUAUUUCUGGCACCUGGAGAAAAGCGUGCUGGUCAAGAAACAGGGACUGUUUGAGAAACAGGAAAAGCCCAAGUUUGUUUUGUGCGUGACCUUUGCAGAGAACGGAGACGCCAUCACAGGAGACUCGAGUGGGAACAUCCUGGUGUGGGGAAAAGGCACUAAUCGUAUCAGCCACGUCAUCCAGGGAGCACACGAGGGCAGCGUCUUUGCCCUGUGCAUGCUGAGGAACGGCACGCUGGUGUCGGGAGGUAAAGACCGCAGGCUCAUCUCCUGGGACGGCGGCUAUCGGCAGAUACAAACGGUGGAGGUGCCUGAGUUGUUUGGUCCAAUCAGGACCAUCGCGGAGGGCAGAGGGGAGACUGUGCUCAUUGGCACCACCAAACACUUUGUUUUGCAAGGCAGUUUGGAUGGAGACUUCAUGCCUAUUACACAGGGUCACACUGAUGAGUUGUGGGGUUUGGCCGUGCACCCCUGGAAGCCUCAGUUCGUCACCUGCGGCUAUGACAGACAGGUCUGCCUGUGGGACUCAAGUUCCCAUCAGCUCAUCUGGACAAAGAAUAUGGAAGAUGCUGCCCAAUCAGCAGGCUUCCACCCAUCUGGAGCUGUGGUUGCCAUAGGGACCCAGAACGGCAGGUGGCUGGUACUGGACUCUGACUCCAAGGAUCUUGUCACAGUGCACACCGAUGGGAACGAACAGCUGUCUGCUAUGCGCUACGGGCCAGAUGGUAACUUUCUGGCCAUCGGUUCCCACGACAACUACAUCUAUAUCUACGCCGUGGCGGAAAGCGGGAGGAAGUACAGCCGAGUGGGGAAAUGCUCGGGUCACUCCAGCUUCAUCACUCAUCUGGACUGGUCAGUGGACUCCCAGUACCUGGUUUCUAACUCCGGGGACUAUGAGAUACUCUAUUGGAUCCCGUCAGUGUGUAAGCAGGUGGUCAGUGUGGAGACCACCAGAGACAUCGAGUGGGCCACUCACACCUGCACUCUGGGCUUCCAGGUCUUUGGCUUGUGGCCCGACGGCUCGGACGGCACCGACGUCAACGCCGCCUGCAGGUCCAGUGAUAAAAGCCUCCUGGUUACCGGAGACGACUUUGGGAAGGUCCAUCUAUUCUCUUACCCCUGUUCGCAGUUCAGGGCUCCCAGCCAUGCGUAUGGUGGCCACAGCAGCCACGUAACCAACGUGACCUUCCUGCACGAUGACGGCUACCUGGUGUCAACUGGAGGGAAGGACAUGAGCGUGAUGCAGUGGAGGAUAGUCUGAGGGAGCUCGCAGAAACAGAUACUUGUUACCGCUGCUGAAGCCUGAAAUCCGGCUGAAGCAAACUAAACUGAACGGCACUGAACUGAUCCAAACCAAACUUAAAUUAACUCAGAAGCUCAAGAUGUGGAUCUGCUGAACUGAAGUGAAUUGACAGAAGAGGAACAAGAGGAACCGUUUUUUUUCCUGAUCUGCUCUCAGAUCCCAAACGAGACAAACUGUUGGAGGUGUUUUGUGCAGUUGCUUGAAGUAGAAAAAUAUAUUUCCCUUUUUCUUUAAUCACACUACACACAAUUUAAUCUCUCUCUCUCCCGAACUGGAGCCAAGUCCCCAACGACAUGAGUGACAUCAAACAAGUCCAAUCUAACUAGACAGAACCAAAGGCCCCGACUUUCUCUGCGCUGAAGAUACGAGAGCAUUGGAACAAAAACUAUGUACGGAAAGAAAGAACAUAGGGCUUUUCUUAUUGUUGAACUUUUGUGUAUUUUGUAUUUAACAACUCAGGAAAGCGCUGGUCGAGCAAAAGUUGUCUCUUGUAUUGACAUUGACAUAUCAGAACAAGAGACGUGUCCAAUGCGGUUAAUAUCAGAUUUGUUGACCAACCAUUCUUGAUUUAUUUGCAUUGAACAUUUUUGAAUGAAGACUAGACAUAGCAAGGUUCAGCUGCAUGAGAUGUUAUCUACCAUUUCAAACUAUCAUCCUUUAAUAGCAAUGAACCUUAAAGAUUUAGGGUUUAAACUGUUUUUUUACAAUACAAUUUAAACACUUGUUAUGUUUUUGUGCUUCCAGAUCUUUGCACCUUGCAUUUAUUCAUUGAUUCAUUGAUCGCUCCCGAAUUUAAGUUCCUUUGAGGUUGUCCCUGAAAACUAAAAGGCUUAGGACAGCUAAUGUGCAAAAUGUGGGGUAUCUUUUCAGUGGUUUAAGAUUUGGGGAAUGGGUUGUUUUUCUUACUUGCUUUUGCCUCGAGGUGCCAUGAAAAUGAAAAGCAAGCAUGUUUUCUUUUUUUUUUCUAAUGAUGUGAAGCCUUUUAAAUCUGCAUCCAUCAGCAUUUUAUUGCACUUGGACCAGUUUAGAAAGGGGAAGGAUGAGACCAUUACACUGUAACUGUUUACAUCUGAUGUGCUUCUCAGUUGCGCACCAUCAGUCCCUAAAAAUUUAACUGAACCUUCUUGAGUUUUUUCCCCCCCUAUAAUUCAUUGCUUCACAGUGUAAAAUACACAGCAGGUCUCUUUAUCUGCACAAAUGACCAUUUAGUCCUUACCGGAGCUUUUCAUGAUCCAAUGAUGUCUGUUUUCAACGUCCCAAGCUACGUCCUCUCCGUACGCCUCCUGUACGUCACACCACUCAACUCGCUGUCAACACCAGGCUAAUAUCACACACACACACACACAUGCACGAAUAUACCAAGUUGUUUUAACAGGGGUUCAGCAGAUAUUAGUGUGACUAUAACUUAAGUUGAUAAGAGGCAGGUUGGCAUUGAUUUGAAAGCGAUUGACUGAUUGUUGGAGAAUUGUAAUCAGGAAAAUCAUUAAACCGUUAACCAUUAAACACCUGCAGCUGCAGAAUACCAUUGCGCUUUUAACCAUGUCUGAAAGUAAAUGCAACAUGAAAUUCCAA